AUGUUACAGAAGGUGUUGGAGUUGCUGGGGAGAGUAACCGGCGAGGUAGGCGAGUUAAAAGGGAAGAUAUUCGAACAAAACGACAGGAUUCUGGGCCAGGUAGAGCGGAUUGGCCAACAGGAAGACUUGAUUCGGGAGCUCCAGGCACAAGUGAGAGAACUAAAGGAAGAUUAUAGCCGCGAGACCAAGGAAUCGCGAAAUGAACUCCAUAACACCAGAGAAGAACUAAAGCAAGUUCGAGAGCAGUUAGAGAUUAUGAAAACUGCUGCGACCUCGGCGCAAAGCAGCCCGCAAGCAACUUACGCAGAGAUCGCGCGAACACCGCCACUGAGUCAACCAACAAAUAUGCGGUCUCUGUCAUCAAUGCAAACAACACCCUCAUCAUUCACGGACACUCUGCACUGCACAAUCGACGUUUCUAGAGUUACGGAACACGACAAGCAUAAGGCCCAAGUUGGUACGAUUAGGCAGACGAUUGAGGACGAAGACCGCAUCAAGGUCAUCUGUCGAAAUGAAGCAGAGCUGCAACUGGUUAAGGAGGUUGCAGAGAAAACCGUCGUGCCAGGAGCUCGUGUCAUGCGAGAUCAACUCUAUCCGGUUAAAGUCGAUAACGCCAACCGAACAGCAGUCGUGGACGAAGAGGGUAACAUCCUACCGGGCGCUGCUGAAGCUCUUGGUGCCGAGAACAACGUGAACAUAGCGAAGAUAUCAUGGCUAAGCAAGAGAGAAGCUGGUAAAGCGUAUGGGUCAAUGGUAGUGUACGUGACCAAAGGUGGCGAUGCGAGGAAGCUGCUUGACAACCACUACUUCGACCUAGCCGGGGAGUCGGCCAAGACCAACGUCUUUGAACUAAGGACAGGACCAGCGCAAUGCUACAAGUGCCAGGAGAUUGGCCACAAGAGGUUCACAUGCAAGAAACCUGAGGUCUGUGGAAGGUGCGCGCGACCCGGCCAUCACCAUAAAGAGUGCCAUGCUGUGGAACCAAAGGCCUUUCGUAUGCUACAGCUCAAUGUGAGAAAGCAAGAACCCGUACAGCUUAGCUUGAUGAACGACCCAGACCUAAAGGAGUACGCAGUGCUUGCGGUAUCAGAACCGUACGCAAGGACAAUAGACGGUAAAGUUUUUACAGCCCCAUUGGGGUAUAGCAACUGGACAAGGAUAAUACCUACACACACGGAGGAUACGAAGUGGCCAAUUCGGAGCAUGCUUUGGGUGCGAAGAGAUAUCGAGGUGGAUCAGAUACCCGUACCGUCGGCCGAUCUUACAGCGGCGGUGCUGCGACUGGAGGGGCGAGAAAUCUUGGUGGUAUCGGUCUUGAUUCAGCAAUUUCGAAACGGGAAAGGUGGACGUACGGAUGCGGUGUUAGCGGGAGACUUCAAUCGUCAUGAUCUUCUGUGGGGAGGAGAUGACGUUUCAGCUAAAAGACAGGGUGAGGCGGAGCCUAUUAUUGAUCUGAUGAACGAGCAUGGCCUCUGUAGUCUACUGCCAAGAGGAACAAAGACGUGGCAGGGCCGUGAUGCAGAAACCACUAUCGAUCUAGUUCUUGCGACGUCAGAGCUGGCAGAGGAGAUGGUGGAGUGUGGCAUCCACCCAACCGAGCAUGGAUCCGACCACAGAGCAAUUCGGACUGCGUUCGACAUAGCGAUGCCCGAGAGGACAGUGACGCACAGACUCUUAUUGAAGAAUGCGCCGUGGACAAUGAUAUCAGCCAGGGUGGAGGACAAUCUUAGACCACUACCCUGGACGGUCGACGUGCAGACGCAGACCGACCAGCUAAUGGAAGUUGUGAUGGAGGCAAUCCACGAAUUGACACCCCGAGUACAACCACCAGGUUACUCGAAACGCUGGUGGACAAAGGAUUUAACACGCCUUCGACAGACUUACACGUUCUGGCGAAACCAAGCAAGAACCCAACGGCGAGCGGGUAGGGCGAACCCCGACCUGGAAGUUCGAGCCAAAGAGUCAUCCAAAGAAUACCACGAUGGAAUUCGGAUGCAGAAGAAGGCUCACUGGGAGGGAUUCCUAGCAGAAGAUGCCAACAUCUGGAAGGCGGCCAGGCACCUCCAACCAGGCAAGGACACCGUGGAGGACAAGGUGCCACCGUUGACGAAGGAAGAUGGAUCGAUGGCUAAAGAAAAUACGGAACAGGCGCAGGAGCUGCUUGAAACCUUUUUCCCGCCACUGCCAGCACGGAUUGAUGCAGAAGAUCGACGACCGCAGCGCGACGCCCUGUCAAUGCCGGACCUCACGCUGGAAGAAUCGAAGAGAAGAUAA